AACGGGCAGAGAAACGGGCCGAGCGUUCAGAACCGCACAGCAUCUCUGGAUGUCAGUUGUUUUGAAUUCCACGGUCUUCAAACCCCCAGGCUGCUUAAGAAACACACAUUCUCUAAAGUCACAAUUUGAGCCCGAUUCAGCCAGUGACAUGCGGGGCGCCCGGUUAAAUCUGAACGUCAGAAAAACAACUUCAACUACAAGUACGUCCCGGGUCCUGCGUGGGACACACUCCUACCAAGAUGCUCCCCGAUAUCCAGAAUCGGCCCUGGGCCGGCACCGCGACCCUGCGGCCUCAGGGGGCGGGUCCCACCUCUUUCUCUCCUUCCAGGGGACAGAGACCCCGGCUGGUGCACCCCGCAGGCCCGUCCAUCGGAAAUGGGAAAGAAGCACAUUUCAGACUUUUGGGGAAGAAGUGUGUCCCAUAGAUCGUUCGAUGUGUCCUGUCCCCAGCUCUGUUCACCGAGAGCCUAUCUGCUGUGAGUGCCAGGCCAAAUUUGGGGGCCGCCUGCCGGUGCCCAGGGCUGAGGCACUGCUGCCUUACUGGGUCCCUCUGUCCUUGAGACCCCAAAAGCAGAUCCAAAAGAUGGUCCGGUUUUAUGUCCCCCAAACCACCAAGGCAUGCCUCUGCCCAUGCCACCACUUUGGGGGCCGCCUCCCGAUGCCUAGGGAUCAGGCCGUGAUGAUGCCCUACUGGGUGCCCCAGGUCCUGAGGUCUCACAAGAAGGUGGUGAAAAGGCAGCAGAGUUUUAAAGGCAUCCCAGAAGUCCCCCUGGACGUGUGCUCUGGGUACAACCGCUGGCGAAUCUGUGAUGGUGAAGGGCGCCAUCUGCUCAAGUGGCAGCAGCUCCAGGCCCUUCACCAGGCUGAGCCGGGGUCCCUGGGGCAGCCAGCAAGCCUCCAGGCCUCCCUCCUGCCCCUCAGCCUCAGCCGCCUGACCCUCCUCCAGGCCCUACUGAGUGUCAUCGAGGCCGUCCGCCAGUUUUUUUGGGUUUGAAGUUGGAAUCAACAGCUACUGUCAAGAACAUCAACACAAAUGUCAGUCAUACUCAAGGUCUUUAACGAAAGCCAUCACAUCAGGAAGAGUCUGUAGCCACUGUUUUCUCAGAUCAUAUAAUUCACACCCAAGAGUCAAUCCAAAUUAUUUAUCAUCAGGAAAUUCUUAGUUGUAGUGGAGUUGUGUGAAUGCGGGUGGGAUUCCAUUAUGAAUACGGUCAAUAAAUGUUAUUUGUGAAACUCUUAAAGUGGCUACUUUUAAAAUGAUAACCUCUGAUUUUCCUUUGUGAAGGUGGGACUUGUUCUUCACUUCUGUGCCCCUGUGGGAGGGGGGCCAUCUCUGAGUCUCUCUUCCCUUUGCAAGGACAGCAGAUCCUCUGGACGAGGAUCCUGAAAUGGUUUUAGCACCUGUUUCAUGUGGGUCUCACUUAAGUAACAUAAAAUUGCAUGUAAUUUGAAUUUUUAAGAACUGAAAUAUCAUUCACAUACCAUAAAGUGCAUCUUUUUACUGUGUAUGAUUUAGUGGUUUUUGCUAUAUUUACAAGGUUGUGCAAUCAUCACUACUAUCUAAUUCCCGACCUUUUUCGCCCCCAGAAGAAACCUAUACCUAUUAAGCACUCACUCCUCCUUCCCUUCUCUCCCCACCCCUGGAAACCACUAACCUACUUUCUCACUUUUCCGACUCUGGACAUUCAUAUAAAUGGAAUCAUAUAACAUGUGUCCUUUGUGUCUGGCUUUUUUUGUUUGGCAUAAUGUUUUCAAGGCUCACCCACAUUGUAGCACGUGUCAGUGCUUCAUCAUUCCUUUUUGGUUUUGGCUGCGUUGCGGCAUGUGGGGUCUUAGUUUCCUGACCAGGGAUUGAAUCAACGCCCCCUGCAGUGGAAGUGCAGAGUUUUAACCACUGGACCACCCAGGAAGUCUGCUUCAUUCCUUUUUAUGGCUGAAUAAUAUUGUAUUGUAGGGACAUGCCACGUCUUGUUUAUCCAUUCAUCAGUUGGUGUACAUUGUUUUGUUUCUACUUUUUUGGCUAUUAUGAAUAAUGCUGCUGUGAACAUUUAUUUACAGAUUUUUGUGUUGACAUGUUUUCAUUCCCCUCGGGUAUGUACCUAGGAGUGCUGAGCCAUAGGUAACUCUCUUUAAUGUUUUGAAGAGCUGCCUCAAUUUUCCACGGUGGAAAACUGUAUACCAUUUUGUAUUUCAUCUUCCCACCAGCGAGGUAUGAGCUUUCUGAUUUCUCUGUGUCCUUGUCAAUGCUUGUUAUUAUACGUUGUUUUGAUUUUAGCCAUCCUUGUGAGUGUGAAAUGGUAUCUCAUUGUGAUUUUGAUUUGCAUUUCCCUGAU